CUCCACCAAGACAUAAACUCACAAAUUCUUAACAUCCAACUUAGAGAGAAUUAUCAAAUCUUACGAAGUAACUGCAAAUUCUGAAUUAACACACGCACACGACAAGAUGAUGAACCCAAAUGCAAUCAGAAACAUCAUUGGAAUCAUAGGAAAUGUCAUAUCUUUCGGACUGUUCCUUUCACCUGUGCCGACUUUCUGGCGUAUUAUCAAGAACAAAUCAGUGGAACAAUUCAAGCCAGAUCCAUAUGUUGCAACAAUAUUGAACUGUGCAAUGUGGAUUCUUUAUGGUCUUCCCUUUGUUCAUCCAAAUAAUAUCCUUGUAGCCACCAUAAACGGCAUUGGAUUGUUUAUAGAACUCGUCUACGUUAUCAUCUUUCUCAUUUAUUCUGAUGGAUUAAAAAGGAGGAAAAUCACAAUUGCUUUGUUCAUUGAGGCAAUCUUCUUCGUAGUAGUGUUGUUGAUUACCAGAUACGUAUUCCACUCCACAGACCAUAGAACAAUAUUUGUGGGAGUUUUGUGUGUCAUCUUCAACAUUAUGAUGUAUUUCUCACCAUUGACUGUCAUGCGCCAAGUGAUAAAAUCAAAGAGUGUGAAAUACAUGCCCUUUUGGCUAUCAGUUACAAACUUCUUGAAUGGUGCUUGCUGGACAGCUUAUGCAUGCAUUCAUAUUGAUGUUUGGAUGGUGAUUCCAAAUGGUUUGGGAACAAUAUCUGGAGUAAUUCAACUCAUAUUGUAUGCAUGUUUCUACAAGUCAACACAAUGGACCGACCAACCCGACACAAAAGUUUCACAAGUUCAACUAGAGCCCUAAUUUAGUUCCUUUUGAUUUCUAAACUUUGAGACUAUUGUCUAAAUUUUACUGCUUUCCAAUAGUUGUUUUUUUUAUAGUUUGUUUUCCUAUAGUUGUUAUUAGAGUAGAAUGACUUUUAAUUGAUUAGAGUUUAGACAAGGAUGUUUUCUUUGAUUUCUUAUAUAUAGAUAAUUUAAUAUUGUUAAA